AAUGGAGCCACCCCCCCGGCGGAGAAAAGGCACAUCCUCCUCUCUUUAUAUUUCAGUCACGCAGCUUUGCUCAGAUUUGAGAUGAAGCAUGAAGGAUGUGUGUGCUGUUUUUUUCUCUCUCUCUCUCCGGUCGCAGCUCAUAUCGAUAACGUAAUUCACAAGAAAGAAAACGCGCUCGGCAUCGACAUCGACGCGCCUGCUUUUCUUUCUGUAGCAUUUCGGGAUUUUCUUAUGUCCCAUUAGACAAACAUCCUCCUGGGCGCGUUAUUUUGCAUAAAUCUACAUUAUCUGACUCCGUCCGAGCGACCUCUUCAUCAUCACCAUCAUCAUCACCAUCAUCGAGGCGCAAACUGAUUUCAUCCCCGGACAUUUGAUGUUUUUCCACUUUUUUUGUUUUUUUAUUUUUUAUUUUUUUGCAGAAAUCAGCGGUUAUUAGUUUGAAUUUCGGCAGAAUUAAACACGGGCCUAAUGAUUUGCAAUUGAGAUUAAAAGUGGAGAUAAAUUGCGAUGGUCCUGUCAUCCAGCCCCAGUGAUGCUGUGGUCUGAGGGCAGUCCAGUCUGGGUUCCGUCCAGUGGGUCUGAGAUACCUGCACCCCCGGUCCUGAAUGCAGCGGAGACAGACACCUAACUGGGUGUCACCCAAAGCCCUGGAUGCUGCGCCGAAGAAUGGGAUACACCGACCCAUCGUCGGGUAAAGACAUACUCGGCAAUAGGUCUCUUUGUUUCAUAUUUAUAUGCGCAUUUGGACUCGUCACACUAUUACAACAGAUCCUCUAUGGAAAAAACUACAUUAAGAGUGCGCAACAGUUUAGCCGACUCAAAGGGGACGAGACAGGAAAUUGGACGGGUCCCGUUAAUUUCUCGGAUGACGGAUCUCUGAAGCCGGCCAGAAAUGGAAGGAAAAGAUGUUUCCGUCAGAAUUUUCAGCCAGAUUCACAGAUCUCCGUAAUAGUCACACCCUGCCUAGCCGAUAUUAAGAAGAAAAAAAAAAGGUAUCUGGAAAACUAUGAUGGCUCCUAUGAAUACAACUCUACUGCAUGCAGGGAGCUCAGACAGGAGAUUAUGGAUGUCAAAGUCCUGACAAUAAACAUGGUUAAUCGGAAAAAACAUGGCCAUGGGUAUCCUUCCUCAUUCCACAAGUCUCUCUGCCUGUCUGCCAGGGUGAAAACCUCAGAGCUGUUUGAGAGAUGGCGAAACCUGCAGGUGUGUAGGUGGGAGCAGAGCAAGGAGGAGACCAGCAACUUCAAGAUGUCUCUGUCCCGCUGCUGUAAUGCUCCUGCCUUUCUGUUCACCACCAAGAGAAACACUCCUGCAGGGACCAAGCUAAGGUAUGAGGUGGACACCAGUGGCAUCCUUCCCAUCACCACCGAAGUCUUCAAGAUGUUCCCAGAUGAUAUGCCUUAUUCCAAAUCACAGUACAAGAAAUGUGCUGUCAUUGGAAAUGGUGGCAUCAUCAAAAACAGCAAAUGUGGAAAGGAAAUCGACUCAGCAGAUUUUGUGUUUAGAUGCAAUAUACCACCCAUUAAUGAGAAAUACUCCACUGAUGUUGGAACUAAAACAGAUCUGGUGACAAUAAAUCCCAGUAUUAUUACUGAGAGGUUCCAAAAGCUGGAGAAAUGGCGGCGUCCAUUUUACGAAGUCCUGCAGAAUUACGAGAACUCUUCAGUUGUUCUUCCUGCUUUCUACAACACCCGUAACACUGACGUAUCUUUCCGAGUCAAAUACAUGCUGGACGACUUUGACUCCCAAAGAGGCGUGUUUUUCUUCCACCCGCAGUACCUUCUCAACGUACAGCGUUUCUGGGCGGUGCAGGGCGUCCGCGCCAAAAGGCUCAGUAGCGGCCUGAUGCUCGUGACCGCUGCCUUAGAAAUGUGUGAAGAAGUCCACCUCUAUGGAUUCUGGGCGUUUCCCAUGAAUCCUUCCGGCAUCUUCAUCACUCACCACUACUACGACAAUGUCAAGCCACGACCGGGCUUCCAUGCAAUGCCCCAUGAAAUUUUCAAUUUUAUUCACAUGCAUACUCGUGGAAUCAUCAACGUGCAUACAGGGCCAUGCACAUGAUCCCUUUCCUUCAAUGUAACACACCGAUUUUAGAGUUUACUUUGUUUUUAUUUAGAGCAGGUUGUUUUUAUCCCAGAUAUGGCUCAGUAUUUUAAAGCGUUGACCUUCAGAGAGUACACUCACUUGUUCACGGUACUUCAAACACAUGUCGAAGGUUGCUUGCUUUAAUUGCCAACAUACUUCACUUUUCGACGUGUUUACUUCGCAGUUGAAUUACUAUGGUUAUCUCUGACUCUUUGAUCAUAGGAUGCUUACUUUUAAUGUGAGAAGUGGUCCCAUAGUGAUGUUGUUUCUGUGAUGUUUUCUAGUGGCUCUGCUGUACAGAGGUGUUGUUUUCAACUCAACGUUGCACAGAUUACGCUGAAACAGGGCCGCAGUGGGUGUCUUUGUGCUCCUUCAUUUUCCUCUUCAUCUUCUUCUUUCCCUUCUCCUUCUUCCUCUUCUCCUUCUUCUUCUUCCUCU